UGCGCAGGCGCUACCGUUUUCUUGGCCAGUUAUAUUUUGGCCAUUAGCACGUACGGAGUUGCGACUGCGCCUUGUCUGCGACAAGUGAAAAAAACCCAUCAAUGCUAGUAAACGCAACUCAACUUUAUAGAAACUAAAAUUGAAGUUUAUGUUUAACACACUUUCGUCGGGUUUUUGCACGAAAACGAAAGUUGCGUGUCUCAGUUGAGUUUAUUACUUGGUGUUUACGAAUAACAGUACUGAACAAAGAAGGAAAAGCAGAAGAAUAAGCCGAUCGCAGUAACGAAAUACCUUUAACAUAUUUAAAGACGACCGAAAGACAAAAGCGUGUGAAAUCACCGACUACAAAGCGGGUCAAUAGCAACCUUCGUUUCAAUUACGUUUCCUGAUCUGAUCGUCGUGCCAAGAUGCCAGCGGCCAGCUCACAUCCACGUCUGUUCUUCUAUUUACUAUGUGCUGCCUCACUCCUAGCCGUUUCGAAAUCAGACACCGUACAAAUACAACCACCAACGGAAGAUUUGGCGUACGACGCUGCUUUGCAGCUUGGCUUACUGAACCAUCGACUUAACCUACUCAGUCUCGAGGAAGAGUCCAGGCAACUCAGCUUACCAAACGUAACACUAGGUAGUCUGGUCAACCGCAUACCCUGUAGUUGUGACACUGGGCUGUGCAAAUGCUGUGCCGGUUUCCUUUCGGUUAUUGGCAUGAACAGUUGCACAGAAGUCGCGUAUCGUCCUGAUGAGUUUUCUUUUGAGUUGCGCAUGCGGGUUAAUAACAACAUUUGGUUCCGGCAAAAGGUCUCCGGCCAGAAUCCACCUCCUUUCUGCUUCAGGCCGCCACGUUUUAACUUUGCCAAGGCCUGUAUCCAGUUUCAUGAUAUCUGGUUUGUCGGGCGUAAUAUGCACGUCUGCAUGUACAUGUCUGGGGAGUUUCAGGGGUUUGAGUUGUUUGAGAGAAACUUUGAUUGUCUUUUGUUUGGUGAUCACGGAGUUAAAAUCGUACCCCCAGAACAAGGCUACCCGGUUAGACCGAACGACGUCGACAUUGAUGAUGGAGACGAUGAGAUCGAGGAGUACGAUGAGAACGUAGUCCGGAGUUUAGCAGAGAAGAUGAACCCUUGUAUAAUUUAUAAUGCUUUGAAUAACGAUCAUCUUGUUUGCAACAUCACUCGAAUGAGAAAUCCCACCUGUUGCAUUUCGCUCGUCCAAAACUGAAGUGCGAAAACUGCAAAAUGACGUGCUCCAUUCCUCGCCUGUCCUGAUCCAUCCCUGCCAAUGGCACUUGCAGCCAGCCCAUUGAAACACAAAAAAGGGGAAAUCAACACAACCAACAAUUUGUAAAGGAUAAUGCAACCUUAGGCUGCGUCUGCACCGCAUGUGCAACACCUUGCGGAGCGAGGAGGGGGCAGGACUUUGCAUUGAAAUGCAUAUGCACAAGCACGUUGACUGUUGCACUUCGUUUGACUCGCAGUUGACUGUAAUAAAGGACUUUUAGGCUGCAAGGAUGCAGUCCGCAGUGGUAGCUGCAGCAACAGGACAACCGACAGCCCUGCGUCAAGAGGAGGAGUAGAGUAUUAUUUCGCACUUGACUGCUCUGAAUGCGAGUCAAGUGGGGUGCAAUAAAAGCGUAUUUUCACGGCUUAUGAGAACCUGGGCUGGUCUGAUGCAUGCAGUUGCUGUGCAAAUAAAAGGCGAUACAAGUGGAACAGACACGUUAACAUUGCAUCUCAAGUACUUAAGUACCAUAUUAGGACUUUUCAUUAUUCGCUUUUUGAUUAGCUUUAACUGGUCAUUUAUUGUUAAGCCUUCAAGUAGUUAAAAAGGCAGUAAUUUAAAAUCUAUUUAAAUAACAAUAA